AUGACUUCAGAAACUCAAGAGAAAGUAGAAAAAGAGGAUGAACAGACGAAAAUUCAGAAGAUUUAUGACCACACAAGGAUUAUAACCCAUCGCGAGCAGCGGCUCAAAGUAAACUUCCUGCUUCUAGUCUACUGGUUUCCCGCCUAUAUCUACGACUACUGGCUUCAGUUUCCCAGCUACGACGGCGUCCAUGUCUUUUCCGACUUUCUCUCCAACUGGGGACAGACCAUCAUUCUUCUUCACUUGCUUUUCUCGCUCUUCAUGGACCUCAUUCCCGACGAAGACAGGGACAGCUUGAAGUUUUAUCACAACAUUUUCACGCAAAUCGCAGUUGUUCAGGCUUUCAUCGUAUCCGCUCUGUUCUGGGGACUACUCGGGGACCGACCGAUGGACUGGCAGUCGAUCCACGAGCAUGCAAUCAACGUUAUCGUGAUGAUGACGUCCUAUUUUGUCUCCGAAGUGCGAUUCCGAAAGCGCGACUGUGUGAUCUUUUACGGCUACGGGUGGCUCUACAUGGCGAACACUUACUGGGCGUAUUUGCGAAACCGCGACUCGAUUUACUCGAUUCUUGCGUGGGGCGAAACUGAUAAGCCGAGUACCUUCCCUUGA